AUUAUCAACAACUAUUACGUCAAAAAAUGUAUGUUAUUACCUUGUUUCAACUUUCAACCCAAAGAUGAUUCAUCUCAACUCCCACUAUGAUAUUACUUUCUAGCUCCUCAAACACAAGAAGAAUAGAAAGAAGAUACAUGUAGAUGAGGUUCAUAAUUUGAUGAUACAUAUACAUUUGUUAUGGGCCACUUUCUCCACCAAACGACAACUCAUUCUCUUACACACACAAGCACACACAUUUGUGUAUUGUUUGUUACUCAAUUAAUCAAUUCAUAUCUCAUCACAUUUCAUUUCAUUUCAUCUCCACCGCUUCUUUGAUCCUACUCUGUUGUCUGUGUUUACCAACUUUUUGUUCUGCCUUGUCGGUCCAAGAUUUCGAUUCUCCGGGAGCUGGCCUCAAUAAUUCUCGAUGGCUCAGCUGGUGGUGGAAGUUAUAGAUGCGAGUGAUCUGAUGCCGAAAGAUGGGCAGGGCUCGGCGAGUCCUUUUGUGGAGGUGGAGGUGGAAGAUGAGAGGCGGCGUACGCAGACUAAGGUGAAGGAUCUCAAUCCUUAUUGGAAUGAAAAGAUGGUGUUUAACAUGAAUGAUCAGCAGGAUCUUAUGAGGAAAACGAUUGAGGUUACAGUUUAUAAUGAGAAAAGCAGUGAUGGGCAUCACAAGAAUUUUCUGGGUCGUGUCAGAAUCUCUGGCCUUUCUGUCCCUUUAUCCGAAUCUCAGGCUCAGGUACAGAGAUACCCUCUGGAUAAGCGUGGUAUAUUCUCUCAUAUUCGCGGAGAUAUUGCUCUUAAAUUGUAUGUCAUAGGUGGUGCUGGUGGUGGCCAUGAUCACUUUUCAACGAAUUUCAGUGCCUCUCAUGAUGGUGGCCGUGAUCACUUUUCAACUAAUCAUAGAGCUCAGGAUGGCGCUGGCCAUGAUCAGUUUUCGACGUAUAGAGCUCAGGAGACGGAGGAAGUACAAGCAACACGAGUGAAGAAGAGCAGCCAUUUGGAGCAGAGUACACAUAAUCCAGUGCUGCAAGAAAUUAACACCAACUAUAGGGUUAAUGAUGAUGAGUACAAGGACAUUGAAAAGAAACUGAAGAAGAAACACAAGGAAAAAGAAGUGAGAACUUUUUACUCUGUUGGAACAGGUGGUGGAGGACCACCACCUGCUUCGAUUCCUAUGCAAAGGCCGGUCACUAUGGAGCCUCCUAGACCCAUGGAGUCUUCCAGAGCUGAUUUUGCCCGACAGGGGCCUGGGCCCGGACCUGCCACCGUAAUGCAGAUGCAGUUUCCAGGACAGAGGCCUGAGUUUGGAUUGGUGGAGACUCGGCCACCAGUAGCAGCUCGGAUGCGUUAUGGGGACAAGAUGGACAAGAUGUCAAGUACUUAUGAUUUGGUGGAGAAGAUGCACUACAUGUAUGUGAAUGUUGUGAAAGCUAGAGAUCUCCCUGCAAUGGACAUUACUGGAAGCCUUGACCCGUAUGUGGAGGUAAAGGUAGGGAACUACAAAGGCUUGACGAAACACCUGGAUAAGAACCAGAAUCCGGUAUGGAACAGUAUCUUUGCAUUUUCUAGAGAAAGAUUGCAGACCAAUUUGAUUGAAGUAAUAGUGAAGGAUAAAGAUAUCGGUAAGGAUGACUUUGUUGGGAGGGUGGCAUUUGAUAUUGCAGAAGUGCCCCUUCGUUUGGCACCGGAUAGUCCAUUGGCUCCUCAAUGGUAUAGACUAGCAGACAAAAGAGGGGAAAAGCCUACUAGAGGAGAAAUCAUGCUUUCGGUUUGGAUAGGAACACAAGCCGACGAGGCCUUUCCUGAGGCCUGGCACAACGAUGCUCACAACAUCAGUCACCAGAACCUUGCUAAUACACGAUCGAAGGUUUAUUUCUCACCAAAGUUAUACUACCUUCGAGUUCAUGUUAUCGAAGCUCAGGAUCUUGUGCCAAUUGAGAAAACUAGACAGCUGGACACACAUGUAAAGGUCCAUCUCGGAAAUCAAAUCAGGGUCACCAAGCCUUCCCCAGUGAGGCAUAUAAAUCCUGUCUGGAAUGAUGAGCUUAUGUUUGUAGCCUCAGAGCCAUUUGAUGAAUUCUUAACUCUUACGGUGGAAGAACGGCAUGGACCGGGGGAGCCAAUAGGGAGAGUGAUCAUACCUGUAAGAGAGAUACCACCGAGAAUGGACUGGCAUAAGCCCCUGGAUCCUCGCUGGUUUAAUCUUCACAAGCCUUCUCACGCUGGAGACGAAGUUGACAAGACAAAAGAAAUUAAGUUUUCCAGCAAAAUACUCCUCAGGCUUUGUUUAGAUGCGGGUUACCAUGUCCUCGAUGAGUCUACUCCUUUUAGUAGUGACUUUCAGCCUUCAUCAAAGUUUCUGAGAAAGCCUAGCAUUGGAAUUCUCGAAUUGGGGAUUUUGAGUGCAAAGAAUUUGCUCCCAAUGAAAAGCAGCCAUGGAGGAAGUACAGAUGCUUAUUGUAUAGCCAAGUACGGAAAUAAAUGGGUUCGUACCAGGACACUUCUUGACACUCUCUCUCCCAGGUGGAACGAGCAGUAUACCUGGGAAGUUUACGACCCCUGCACGGUGAUCACAAUUGGUGUAUUUGAUAACUUCCAUGUUAAUGGAAACAGAGAGGACGCAAGAGAUCAGAGAAUAGGUAAAGUACGAAUUCGUCUUUCAACUUUGGAAACAGAUAGGAUUUAUACCCAUUACUACCCUUUGUUGGUUCUGGACCGUUCUGGUUUAAAGAAGCACGGAGAACUGCAGUUAGCUGUAAGAUUCACUUGCGUAGCUUGGGUCAAUAUGGUGGCACAAUAUGGAAUGCCAUUGCUACCCAAGAUGCAUUAUGCCUAUCCCAUUUCAGUACGUCACAUUGACUGGCUUCGACACCAGGCAAUGCAGAUAGUAGCAGCGCGUCUAUCUAGGGCAGAGCCACCUCUCAGGAGGGAGACUGUGGAGUAUAUGUUGGAUGUUGAUUACCAUAUGUGGAGCCUCAGGCGAAGCAAAGCAAACUUCUACCGCAUAAUGUCACUGCUCUCUGGGGUUUCGGCUGUCUGCAGAUGGCUAGAUGGAAUUUGCAAAUGGAGAAACCCCUUAACAACAUGUCUCGUGCAUGUUCUUUUCUUGAUUCUGGUUUGCUAUCCAGAACUGAUCUUGCCAACAAUAUUUCUCUACUUGUUUGUGAUUGGACUAUGGAACUACAGGUUCAGGCCAAGAAAGCCACCACACAUGGAUGCAAGGAUUUCACAAGCUGAGAACACUCACCCGGAUGAGCUUGAUGAGGAAUUUGACACAUUUCCAACUUCUAGGCCAUCAGACCUUGUGAGAAUGAGGUAUGAUAGAAUGCGGAGUGUGGCCGGAAGAGUCCAAACAGUGGUCGGAGAUUUGGCAACACAAGCAGAGAGAGCUUUAGCAAUACUUAGCUGGAGAGAUUCAAGGGCCACGGCAAUCUUCAUUAUCUUUGCAUUAGUUUUGGCAGUAGUGCUUUACGUAACUCCCUUCCAAGUCAUUGCAGUUCUAGUCGGUCUGGUCAUGCUGCGCCAUCCUCGGUUCAGAAACAGGAUGCCUUCUGUACCUGUCAAUUUCUUCAAGAGACUACCAUCCAAGUCGGAUAUGCUUCUAUUAUGAGCACAUAAAAUAGAUAUUAUUUCACUCAUUCAAGUGUAAAUAAAAAUGCACGCUAUAAUGAAUCGAGCAUGAAAGCAGAAGCUAGAUCUUCAAGUAUUCCAAUAAUAUUCUUUUGAGCUUUAUUUUGCAA